GAUAUUUCUUUAGUGGAUGAAUUGAAGGGAAUGAUUGAUGAGAAUAACGUGCUAGCUAAGUCAUUUCGUAAGGUACGAGAUUAUGUAAUGUCAAAUGAAUCAUCAUCAUUUGCCUUGCGUCUAUUUCGGAAAAGAGGUAAAGACCCUCGAACAUAUAAUUUGCCUACAUCUGAUGAGAUUGCAGCCCUAAUUGUAGGGGAUCUUGAAAAUGUUGAAGUUGGUAGGGAUAUUAUAGUUAAAAAAAAUGGUGUCCUAACAAGGAUCCAUGAAACUCAUACCUGCUUUAUUCCAUUACAAUAUCCAUUGAUAUUUCCUUUUGGUGAAGAUGGUUGGCAAGAAGAUAUUCCGUUAAGUGGUGUGUCGGCAUCUCUUAGUUCUCGAUUGAAACCUCGGGUCACAUUACGAGAAUUUAUAACCUUUAGGAUUCAAGAAAGGGAUCUUGUGCAUGGGAAUGUUGUCUUUUGUAGAAGGCUUUUCCAACAGUUUUUGGUAGAUUGUUAUACCAUGAUAGAAUCUCAGAGGCUAUCAUAUGUCCGCAACAAUCAAAAAAUAAUUAGAGCUGAUUUCCUUAAUGGGUUGGAAGAAGCAAUGUGUAGAGGAGAAACAGACCCAGGUCAAUUAGGAAUGCGUAUUGUAUUGCCGUCCUCAUUUGUUGGUGGACGUCGCUAUAUGUUUGAUUGUUGUCAAGACGCAAUGGCUAUUUGUAAGCGUUAUGGUUAUCCUGAUCUCUUCAUAACUGUUACAUGCAAUUCUGCAUGGAAAGAAAUUGAUAGAUUUGUUCGUCAGAGGAAUUUAAGGCCAGAUGAAAGGCCAGAUAUAUGUUGUCGAAUCUUCAAGAUGAAGCUGGACCAUUUAAUUGGAACUUUGAAGAGUGGCAUUAUAUUUGGUCCUUUAGAUGCAGGUAUGUACACAAUUGAGUUCCAAAAAAGAGGGUUGCCACAUGCACAUAUUCUCCUAUGGCUUUCGAAGAACAACAAGUUAGUAACAACCUCUAAUAUUGAUAAAUUCAUUUCAGCAGAAAUUCCUGAUCCUAUUCUACAUCCUAGAUUGAACAAGGUUGUGUCUACUUAUAUGUUACAUGGUCCAUGUGGCUCUGGUUUUUCAAAAUCUCCUUGCAUGUCAAAUGGGAAAUGUACCAAGUUCUUCCCAAAGAAUUUUCAGGAAACUACUAUAAUUGAUGAUGAUGGUUAUCCUGUGUACAGAAGGAGAGAUACUGGAGUGUAUGUUGAGAAGAAAGGUCUUCGAAUGGACAAUAGUUAUGUUGUUCCUUAUAACCCUCAACUACUUAUGUUAUAUAAUGGUCAUAUCAACGUGGAAUAUUGCAACAAAUCUAAUGCAAUCAAGUAUCUCUUCAAGUAUGUUAGUAAAGGUCCUGAUCGUGUUAAUAUUGAAAUAAGCAAUCAGAGAGAAGAUGGGGCAGAACUUGAGGUAAAAGAUGAAAUUAAACAAUAUUAUGAUUGUAGAUAUCUUACCCCAUGUGAGGCUGUUUGGAGGACUUUCAAAUAUUAUAUUCAUGUGAAGUGGCCAGCUGUCAAGAAAGUUACUUUCCACCUUGAGGAGAAACAAAGUAUUUGCUUCAAAGAUAGUGAUAAUUUGGAGUAUAUUGUUAAAAAAGCAUCUGAAAAAGACACAAUGUUCUUAGCUUGGAUGAAAGCUAAUGGUUUAUAUGAAGAGGGAAAAUCACUAACUUAUGCUGAAUUUCCUUCAUAUUUUGUUUUUGAUGAGGAAUCUCAUUCAUGGCAUCCAAGGAAGCAAGGAUAUUCUAUUGGAAGACUCCAAUAUAUCCCUCACGGGAUUGGGGAGCUUUAUUAUUUGAGGAUCCUCCUAACUCGGCAGAAAGGAUGUACUUCAUGGGAAAGCAUUUGUACUAUUGAAGAUGUUGUGUAUCCUUCUUUUCAUGAUGCAUGUUAUGCACUAGGAUUGUUAGCAGAUGAUCGAGAAUUUAUAGAUGCUAUUGUUGAAGCAAAUGAGUUAGCUUCAGGCAUACAGCUUCGAAGAUUCUUUGUGAUGUUGCUCACAACAAACACUAUGAGCAAACCCGAAUUUGUGUGGGAAAAAUCAUGGCGGAUUUUGUCAGAUGGAAUUUUGUAUGAAAGGCGAAAAAAGCUAGGCAUACCGGAUCUGCACAUAAGUGACGCAGAUUUACGAAAUCUUUGCUUGGUAGAAUUGGACAAAUUACUUCACUUGAACGGACGGUCUCUAAAAGACUAUUCUUGCCUACCUUUUCCAGAUCUAUUUGAGGAGUGCCAGUAUGAGAACAAAUUCGUUGCUGAUGAAUUGAAUUAUAAUAAAGUUGAAAUGGCCAGUUUGCACGAAUCACUCAUAGAUUCAUUGACUGAAGAACAACAUCAAAUAUACAAUGUUAUAAUGAAAGCAGUCAUGGAUAAAACUGGAGGACUAUUUUUUCUAUAUGGCUCUGGUGGUACCGGCAAAACAUAUUUGUGGAAUACCUUAUCUGCUGGUAUAAGGUCAAAAGGGUUGAUUGUUUUGAAUGUUGCUUCAAGUGGAAUUGCUUCUUUACUUCUCCCUGGUGGAAGGACAGCUCAUUCCAGGUUUUCUAUUCCUAUUUCUAUUAAAGAUACCUCAACUUGCAAUGUUUCGUUAGGUUCUUUGAAAGCUGAGCUAUUAAAGAAAACUAAUUUGAUCAUUUGGGAUGAAGCUCCAAUGUUGAAUAAAUUUUGUUUUGAAGCAUUGGAUAGGACUUUAAAUGACAUAAUGAAGUCCAAUUCAACUUUACCCAAUGAUAUGCCAUUUGGUGGUAAAGUUGUUGUUCUUGGUGGAGAUUUCAGACAAAUAUUACCAGUUAUUCAGAAAGGUAGUCGUUAUGAUAUAGUAGAUGCCUCUAUCAAUUCUUCUUAUCUUUGGAAACAAUGUCGUGUUCUUCUAUUGACAAAGAAUAUGAGGCUACUUAAAUCUGAAGUUUCUGCAGAAUCCAAUGACAUUAAAAUUUUUUCUGAAUGGCUCUUGGAACUUGGUGAUGGAAAGUUAAAUAGAUCUGGAGAUGGGGAAUCUACCAUUGAGAUUCUCGAUGAUCUUUUGAUUCUUGAUUAUGAAAAUCCAUUACAAAGGUUGAUUGAUUUCGCCUAUCCUGAUAUAUUGCACAACUUAGAAAUUAAAAACUACAAUUUUUUUGAAGAAAGAGCUAUUUUGGCACCAACCUUAGAAAGCGUAGAAGCAGUUAACAAUCAACUUCUUUCCAAAAUUCCUGGGGCUAUGAAAGAUUAUUAUAGUUGUGAUAGUACUUGCAAGUCAGAUGAAGACACUGAGAUUGAAGCUGAAUGGUUUACCAGUGAAUUUUUGAAUAACAUCAAAUGUUCUGGCAUACCGAAUCAUAAAUUGAGUUUGAAAGUGGGUGUGCCUGUUAUGUUGUUGCGUAACAUUGACCAAGCUGGAGGACUUUGCAAUGGCACUCGAAUGAUUGUAAAGGCAUUGGGGAAAAAUGUUAUUGUUGCUAAUGUAGUUAGUGGAAAACAACUUGGGAAGGAUGUUUUAAUAUCUAGAAUGGAUUUAGUUCCAACUGACUCUGGUUUGCCUUUCAAGUUUGUAAGGAGACAAUUUCCUAUUUCUUUAUGUUUUGCAAUGACUAUUAACAAAAGUCAAGGUCAGACUCUUUCGCAUGUGGGAUUGUAUUUGCCUAAACCAGUAUUCACUCAUGGGCAGUUAUAUGUUGCAUUAUCGAGGGUGAAAUCAAGAAAAGGAUUAAAAAUCUUGAUUUUGGAUGAAGAUGGUUCCAUUUCAAAGGUUACUAGAAAUAUAGUAUACAAAGAGGUGUUUGAUAAUAUAUGA